AUGUCGAAAUCAUCCUUGCCAUUAGAUACCUUCUUCAAGAACUUCCGCUUUCUGAAAAAGACUGUGGUAGUUAACAAUAAUGACUAUACCGGCGCUUUCAAAUCGAUUAAUAAGAUAAUAAAUUUUGAUAAGGUAAGAAGUACGGUCAAUUUCCAACAACGUUAUGAAAAACCAACUGAUUGGAGACGAAGAUACAUGUAUGAACGGUGUAAACGUGUGUAUGACUCUGAGAUGUCAAGAAAAAUCUCACUUGUUAUACGCACACAUAGGGUUGAUCCAUGGCAUCGUUAG